CGGCGGCUUCGUCGACCGAGGUACGUCAUCUGUUGCUUAGUGUAGAUGUUUGUGAGCGCGCGCUGUGCAUUGACCUCAUACUCACGACACCUUUUCUGAAUCCUUGCAGAACACUCCUAGACCUCCAGCACGGGCAACACCUGACUUCACGACUGUUCAGCGCCAUGAUCAACCACAUUUUGAGCUAGAAGAUGCCGCCUCCACCGCGGCGACUUCUCUAUCUACUCUUCCUCCCCUUUUCUCUUCUUAUACCUCGCCCUUUGCCCAGUAUCCCUUUCUAUCCGCACCCAUUUUGGGGGGUCAGAUGGGGACAUUGGUUUCCUAUACUGAUACCAGUGAGAACGACCAGAGGCCACCUUCGCCAUCGUCCUCUACAGCAUCCUCAACGCAUUCAUCGCCUGCAACCAAGACCACGGCCCUCCCCACGGAUAACGAAGACCUCCCGCGAACGACCGGAUGCGCUCUUGCUUCGGAUUCCCAGGAGCACCCUUACCCUGGCAGCGACUACCCGUACCCGGACCUGCGUCGGCUGAAGCUCGCUACGGCGGCGCGCACCAUCGACCCUGCGAAGACGGUCUGCAAGUUCGAAGUUCCCGGUGGCGGCCUCUGCCGUGACCCGCGCUGUACGGACGCGCAUAUCGCUAGCGUCGAGCCAAGCGGUGAGUCUGGGCGCUCCCUGUAUUCGCGAAUCUGAUCAUGUCCCUCGUUGUCAUUCACCUGCCUCCUUCCUUGUCCUUCGAC